AGAACUUAACAUCUGGUACGAUGGGUCGACUAACCCCUCUCGACAUCUGAGGAGUUUUGAAAACAUGGCGGUGUUGCACCGCUACAAUGACCCCGUUCAAUGUCGAGCGUUCCUGACGACCCUGCGAGGACCAGCGCAGGAUUGGUUCCAUCAAUUGCCCCCAGGAGCCGUCAGAGACUUUGAUGGAUUUAGCUCAAGUUUUCUAAACCAAUUCGCGAGUGUAAAAGCCCAAGAAAAGUCUUACCUUACUUUGAUAGGUAUGCAACAGAAAGAAGGAGAAUCAUUGAGGGACUAUGUGGCGAGGUACACACGGGCAUGUGUCGACGUCCCCUCGGCCACUGAGAAAAUCAAGUCGGGAGGACUCACUCGAGGGUUACUCCCGGGACUGUGCAGAAAUUCCCUAGCAAAGCGACCCGGAAGGACGUUCGACGAGGUAUUGGGAAGGUGCGCCAAAUACAUGAAUGUCGAGGAAGCCGAAGCUGACUUUUUACAAGCGGGUAAAGCAAAAACUGAGUCUCGGGACGAGAAGAAGGAUAGAAAACUGGUCUCGACGGUUGAAAGGAAGGGAUCCCCGAAGUCAGAGAGAGAAGACCGAUCGAGGGGAUGGAGGGCGACCCAAUAUACUCCUCUGUUAGCCUCGAAUGCAAGGAUAUUGGAAGUGAUGGAGAAAGAGAUCCGCGAAAAUGUUGUCAGGUGGCCACGAACAAGAAAGGAUGGGCCGACAAAACUUAAAAGCAAUCUGUAUUGUCGAUUUCAUAAAGACUACGGCCAUAACACCGAUGAAUGUCGGCACCUGAAAACUGAGAUUGAGAGGCUAAUCAAAGCAGGCUAUCUUAAGGAAUUCAUUUAUAAGGAUCGAGAGCGAACCAGUCGACGAAGGGAGAGAAGCAAAAGCCCUCACAAGAGAGCGAGGACACCCAACAAGGAGGAGCUCCCUCAGAAAAGAGGGGUAAUUCAUAUGAUAUUCGGAGGGCCGACUGAUGGAGAUUCAAAUCGGGCCAGAAAGGCAUAUGCUCGAGGGCACCACAGAAAAAUUGAAGUGCAGCAGGUCGAAGAAAACGUUCCAGUGAUGAAUUUUGGACCAGCAGACAUGGGAGAUGUCGAGAGGCCUCACAACGAUGCCCUAAUGAUCACAGCUCAGAUAUCGGGCUAUGAAGUGCAAAGGAUCUUUGUCGACACAGGAAGCUCAGUAAAUAUGAUCUUUUACAAUUGCCUUAAGUGGAUGGAACUCGACAUCGAGCUUGCACCCCUGCACACCUCGCUCUUCGGAUUCAAUGGCUCGGAGGUCGCACCCCUGGGACAAACCACGCUCGCUAUCGUCCUCGGGGAAGGCGGCUUGAGGAAGGUAAAAAUGGUGCGAUUUGUAGUGGUCGACGUCGAGUCGGCCUAUAAUGUGAUUUUGGGAAGACCCGCACUCAACACAUUCCAAGCAGUAGUGUCAACCUACCACAUGAAGCUAAAGUUCCCCAUGGGAGAUAAGGUAGGGGAGGCUCGAGGAGACCAGAGAUUGUCGAGAACCU